AUGGCCAACAAACCCGCCCCCGUCGACCCCGCCGCCCAGGGCACCUUGCAAAGAGGGAAAGCAUGCUUGCGCUGCAGAAAACGAAAGAUGCGAUGCGAUGGCGCAAAACCCGCCUGUCAUCAGUGUACUCGCGCUAAGAAGGCCGAAGGGUGCGAGUACGACGAUGGAAAGGGGAAAACACGUACCCAAAUCCUCAGAGAAACGAUCGUAAAGCUCGAGCAGAGAAUCAAGGAACUCGAAGAUCCCGAAUACAUCUCUACCUCAGUCACUCUCUUCGACCCCCAUACCCACACGCAUUCGCGCUCGAAUUCCUCCUGCUCGUCUUUCGACUCCCCCGAGAGCUCCUACCUCUCUGCCUCCCACUCUCCCUUUCCGUCAGAAUCCUCUCCAGCUUCUCCCCCAACAACUUGGGCCCAACUGCAGUCCCAGGGUCUGUCAUCACCCUCACCUGCUGGCUUUGUGCCGGAUGUCUUCUUCGAUGAUCAUCAAACAAAGUUCCAACCUCCGUUGGAACUCGCGCAGAUGCUUGUGGACAUUUUCGCACCUCAUAGUAGGCAGUGCGGUCUCGAAAUACACAUGGGCAAGUUGAGGGACAGCCUUAGUCUUCCAGCGUCGGAGCAGAGACAUCCCGUUCUGAUGAACGCGAUUUAUCUUUGGGCUUGCUUCAUAUCUCGCCCGGAGCCGUUGAGCCAGCACGAAGAACAUUAUCUUCAGUAUGCUCUUGAUGCUCUUCCGGAUGCUCUCCGGUUGAGUGACAAGGUCGUCGAUGCCAUUCAAGCUUCGUCGCUUAUUUCUCUGUACUUCCUUGCAAACGGACGCCUGCUUGAAGGCAGCUAUCAUGCAAGCGCAGCUGCUACAUUGUGUGUCCAGACUGGUCUGAGUGGACGGCCCUCUCCGGAAACCCUGGCUUGGUCGAAUGAUUGCAAUGACAUCGACAUGAAGCCUUUCAAGAGUGAUGUCCGUGACGGAGAGAGGAUCUUGGCGUUCUGGCAAGCGUAUAAUCUCGACCGGUGCUGGUCGGUUGUUCUGCGGAAGCCACUAGCCAUACCAGAUAGUCCAGAGUCGCAUCAUUCCAUUACAUGCCCUUGGCCUCAGGAUGUUAAGGACUACGAGAAUGGUCACGUGGACACACAUUCCUCUUUGCCAACCAUCCGUGCAUAUCUCUCUGGCUCGGUGUCACCGAGCAGCUUCUCCGUCCCAGCUCUUCGUGUCAAAGCGUCUGCUCUUUUUGCACAUGCAGAUCAUCUUUCGGCGAGCUGGAAUCCUACCACGAAACCCUCUGCCAGGCUCACGGAAGACAUCCGAUCGCUCGAACAUGCCAUUAACCUCUUUCUGUCGACGCUGAUACCCAUUAACCAGUUGGAUGCCCUAUUACCCGAAGAACGACAUACCCUUAUUAUGGACCAUACAAUAGCGAAUGCAGCUACUAUCCACCUUCACCGUUCUUUUGCUCUUGACGAUGCGUUAUCAUACGAAAAGUGUUCACAAGCUGCUCGAGCAUGUUUGUCUGUUGUUAGGCACAUCUCGGAUCGAGACUUUUCAUAUCUCGAGCCGAUAAUCGGUCCCUGCUGGUGGUCGGUCGCAGACAUUGUCAUUCGGGAUUAUGACGCGCUCGAAGCAUCCUGGCCUCUCAUGGAUCACAGUGAACUUCGCAACGAUCUGGGUGUCCUCUUGUAUGCAAUGAACAGUCUCAGCACGCGAUUCCCAGUAGUUGCGCCUGCUGUUGGGAAGGUCCAAAAACGCCUAUCCUCUCAUUAA